AUGGAUCUUCUCGAAGAUCAGUCCAUAUCGAUCAAAGCUAGCCUGAAGAGACUACUCCCCGAUAGGUUGGGAGAGGUCAGAUACAGCCUCGACUUCGACCUCAACGGAUCUCACAAUCGUAUAUAUUUGCUGAAGGAGACCAAACCUGAGAACCGUCGGCUGCGAACACCAAGAUCGUUAGAUACAUCUUCAGAGGAGGUGUUCGGGGUAGCACAGGGUUGGAUGAAACAAUGCAAAUGUGCAAACUUCCGAGAAGCCUCUGGCGAGAAGGUCUACCCCAAGCGCCUAUUGGAUAUUGGAGAGCUCCGUAGUGCCAACGGCAUCAAAGAGAUAGACAGUCUGACAAUCAUGUCCGAACAUGGCGACGUGGAGCGGAAGAAGGUAUAUUUGAGGGAAACCAGCGGAUUCAGGCACAUCCCAGGCAUCCCAACCAAACUGUUGAUGGAGUUCUGGUAUAACGACAGGGCGAAGAAGCGUCGCGUCGAAACGGAGGAUUAUCGGUACGUUACGCUGAGCCAUUGCUGGGGAAAGCCCAAAAGUGUCCAGGGACAGCUUAGGCUGGAUCACACCACUGAGGAACGUUUCAAACGAGACGGUAUCGAGCUGCGAGAGUUGCCGAAAACCUUCCGAGACGCUAUCCUCUUUGCUUCUCGUCUAGACAAAGUGGGGUUCAUCUGGAUUGAUUCGAUGUGCAUAAUACAGCCGACUGAGAACUACAGCAGCAGAUCGAAGGGGUCUCUUAGUGAUUGGCUAGAGCAGAGUCGACAAAUGGACCAGAUCUAUCGAGGAUCUUUUCUCAAUAUUUCCGCUACUGCUGCCACCGAUGGAGAUCAGGGCUUGUUCUUCAGCCGGCGGCCCGAGUAUCUCUGGGAAGACGAGAUAAACGUCAACUAUACUGGAACGAAUCUCUUCGGGUCGGUGAGACCCGCAAGUAUGGAGGAAGAUCAGCUGAUAAGGUGCACCAUCAUUGAUCUAUCCUUCUGGAAUGAACUCGUCGAGGAAGCACCCGUCAACCGCAGAGGCUGGGUCUUUCAAGAACGUCUCAUGGCACCGCGAGUGUUGCACUUUUGUCGAGAUCAAAUUGCUUGGGAGUGUGCAGAGUUUGAAGAUGCCGAGGGUCAUCCUGAGAUGAAUUUAACCACGAGAGCUAGGCAAGGAACAAUGGUGGACGAAGGUCGCUUCAAAGAUCUAACCGCGAAGGCUGGAAAGGAAUUGCGACGCAAUCGCCUUCAGGGUCUUCCGGACCCCGAUGAAGGCAUGAGUGAUCUCUACAUCUACGAAUUGUGGAAGCAUGUUGUAGAGGUUUAUUCCAAAACGCAACUCACAGUAUCAGGCGACAAACUCAUAGCGCUUUCCGGAAUCGCGAGACGCUUCAGUGAAGGCAAGGAGCUGUUUACAGAACCAAUCACGUACAUUGCUGGCCUCUGGAAAAACAAUAUAGAAAGCCAGCUUCUUUGGCAGGUGAAUGAGCUCUAUCGAGAUGGUGUGUUCGAGAACCCUGGACGCCGCGACGCAACUCGAGCGCCUUCAUUCUCAUGGGCAUCAAUCGACACUCCUCACGGGAUCACCUAUCCCGACGUUACAGACUACGGGGCUGCAAGAGUAGGCAGAAGGAAUACCCGGGCUCAAGAUCAUAGGGAAGACUCGAAUCCAGAGCAAGAGCUAAUGCUCGAAGUACUUGACCACCAUGUCAUCCUCUCGGAUGCAGACAACGAGUAUGGUAUGGUCGACCAGGGAAUGUUGUUGCUUCAACCGCGCUAUCUCAGAGCUAUUGAGCUGCGUAGGCUUCACCCGCCCCUUAGAGUUCCGUACAGCUGGCGGUUGAAGCAAGAACAAUCCGGACCUGAAGUCUUCGAACCGAAUACCAGCGCUGCGCGUCCUCUCGAGCACGCGAACCUGUAUCUCGACGCCCCAGAGUCUGACGUCGAUAUCUUCCGCGAUGACGCAAAACUAUACUGCAUGCCCGUCGCGUAUGGAGAGCGAACCGUACGAAAGCCAUUUCGUUACUUGUACUGCUUGUUGCUCAAGUACGAAGGAAAGACAGAUUUCAAAACCGAGAGUAGUGAUCCAGGCUCGGAAGAUCCUGCGCCGACAACGCAGUAUCCCAUGUUUAGGCGUAUUGGCAUAACAAAGUUGUCUAACCAUUUGGAUGAGAAGGGUCAACAGGCUUUGAAGUCGAAGGAGUACAACACGCCGAUUUGUUUAUGUUAA